GCCGCGAAACGAGAUUCUACAGGACAACACCUUAAAGACAAUCUAAACGACGAGAAAACGAGAAACGUCGCAUACUUUCGGCUUGCAAAGAUAAAUGCACUGUUGAAAAGCAAACUGAAAAAGCCAGUUACAAAACAUCACCGAAGUAACAGUUCAAUAGAAAAGAAAUACCCGAUACAAUUUCAACAGUUUGUCGCUAAAAGACCCUCAUAUGGGCCACUCAUUCAGGUUCCGCAGAAGUUGAGACUUACGUCUUUAGCCAGUACACCAAGUACGGAUUUUGAUGAGGAAGCCACCGAAGAAGUUGGAUCGACCAGAGAUACCAUACAAGACGAAGCUUCGUUUCAGGAGUCCAGGAAAAGUGAAAAUGAUCCAGAUCCCGACGAGGGUAAAGAGAGCGACAACUCUGCGGCCUUAGCUCCCCGUAUCAGUGUCACCAAGACUCAUUAUCACGGUGGAGAUAAAGAUGACAUGAUGCUUGUUCAUGAUGAAGGACAAGUUGCAGAUGAAAAGGAAAGCCCCCUCGAAGACCAGAUUGAAAAUAAACAGAGCCAAGAAGAAACAGCAACGUCCAAGGAUAAGGAAGAUGACGAAGACGAUGAUGAUGAGGACGAAGAUCAGGAAGAUGAUGAAGACAAAAAAACAGAAGACCAAGAGACUGACGAUACUGUGGAGCAGCGGCCUCAAUCGUUGAAGAAGAUGAAACAAGGACCAAGGGAAAUGUCCGAUCAAAAAAUGCAAAACUCUGUGAUGAAACAGGAUCAACUAAAUGCAGUCAGAGCCGAAAGAGAACGACUGCUCCAACGACUUCAAAAGUUUUAUAUAGCUCAAGAAAAACAACGAAUACUUCGGCGAUUGUGGCUAAAUUAUGUAAAUACAAUAGAUCAAAAUGCAGGAGCUCAGCCUUUUCGGCAACUCGUCAGUCCAUUAGCUUGGAGUUAUCCUACAGGUCUAUCAAAUGCAUUUUUGCUUUUAGUUCCUACAGACCCGGGCUAUCAGCCGGCUAAUGAAAUGCGUCCAAUUGAAGAUACAGAUAACAAGCAAGGUUACAGUGUUUCUGUUGACGGAUUGAAUGGAGUUUUCUCCAAGGAACCCGGCCUAGUUGUUAAAUUUAAUUCACCCAGUAGUGAAGUGACAGUUGCUAAAAGGAGCAGUGAAGUUACUGUCGUCAAUAAGUAA